AUGGCCGGCUCGCGCGCGUCGGGGAGGCGUAAAAGUACACAGAGUGUACUUGAUGCCUACUGUGCUGUACAGACUUUGUUCAGGGACCAUGAGAGUGUGGUGGACGCACUCCACGCGGACCUCAUGGAGCAUGCGAUGCAGGCAUUGUCAGCGGAGCGCACAUACACGGAGGAGGAGCGGCAAAGGGUGCUCGAGUUUCUCGAUGACCGCAUCAUGAUCUUUCGAUUCCUCCGCCGCGCCGGCUUCGAUAAGGACACGGCUCGGUCUAUGCUGAUCAAGACGGUGGCAUGGCGCAUGGAAGGCGCGAUUGAUGCCUUGCCACAAGACUUGCUGCAAUCGCCGUAUAUGAAUGCUACGUCGAACGGCAUCCCUCUAUUUUGGCAGCACUCGCGCUUUCGUGACAAGCUUGGGCGCCCCGCGUUGUACGUGCGUCUUCAGCACGUAGAGCGUACGCCGGAAGGGCUGCACGAGUUGAAAAAGACCAUCAUUGCCUCGUUUGACGUCAUGCGGCGCUACCUCUUGCGUGUGAAUCGGCGGACUAGGCGCGGAGACCCCGUCAUACAAUGUGUCGUGCUCGUGGAUGUCAUGGACGCAGGCCUCGCCAACGUCGAGCUCGAUAUCCUGCCGUUUUUCACGGAUUUGCUCAAAAAUCACUACCCCAGCCUAUGUGGCGCUGUGUAUAUUUUGCGGUACUCGUGGUUUCAUGCCGGGCUGUGGCGUAUGCUGCGUCCCAUCCUGCCGCCCAAGCUCCUUGAGCGUCUGUUUUUCGUCGACAGGCCGGAGCUACUGGCGCACUUUGAGCACCAUAUGCCGCGGUCCCUGGGCGGCCCGUUGAGCAUACCUAUCGCGCCUGAUACGAGCGAUGUGUUCAACUAUUUCGUCCGUGCAGCGGCCUGGUCGCAUCCGUCAUCGUCUUCCUCUGGCCCCACGCCCAAGGCCACGGACCCGUCUCCGCCUGCGCUCCGGAUCCGCCAACAUGACUUUGACACGAUUUACGAUGUCAUGUCAUGCAUGGGCUCACCCUACACGCCGGCGAGGACGCCACUUACGCCCCACACAAGCAUGCCCACGACGCCGCGCCAACAUGCUCAGACAGGCUCGCCGAUCCCAUUACAUGACCUGCCCACAUCGCCCAAGGCGUACCGCCGGCAACGUGCGUCGGGCGAUGCCCGCUCUGUGGUAUCGUGGUUCCUAUCCUGGCUCUCGCCGCCCCAGCGGUCCGACGACGACGAGGCGCCUGCCGAGCCUAUCAGGACCAGCCGAGGCGGUGACGCAGACGCUGCGCCUGCACCGACACCACCUGCCACUGCCACGGCCCCACCCACGGCAUACGGGACAGCUGAGAGCAACACAGUGACACGGUACCUGUCAUGGCGCGCGCACAAGUACGCCGAGAUGGACGGGCAUGUGUCGCCGUACAACAUCGAGAACCCUUACUUUGGAUACCCCGCCUCGUACGUGACCCAUGACCCUGCCAGCGUGGAUAUGACCGCCUCGGACCCAGCGGCGGCAGCGGCGGUCGCCGCCAGCGGCGGCGCCCGGCCGGCCGGCUUCUCGCGCGAAAUCCAUGUGAAGCGACGGAAGCGUGACUUGGUGCGCACACUGUCGUACCUGUUUGUGCUGCGUCUCAUUCGGCUGUACCACACGAUACGCCGCGGCAUCCUCGUCGUGGUGUGGAACGUGCUGGGCCCGCACCGGGCUUGGGCUUCGUUAGGGCGCACAUCACCGGGACAUCGGCCGUCGAGGUACACCCAGUGCCGCGUGCUAGUACUGCUGGCCCUGCUGCUGUACCUCCAGCUGCCUCGCGCACGCUUCCUCUCACUACUGAUACCGCAUUUCCAUGCUAUUGUAUGA